AUGCUGCGCAUCACACUGCUGAGCGGAGAAGAACUGACGAGCAUUGCUGUUGAGGAUGUGCGCGAUGUGAAGGCCUUGAAGCAGCAACUGAACAAGAUGUACGGUCUGCCACCGCGAUUCAGACAAAGUCUGCUUCACCACGGCCUGACUUUGGAUGAUUCAUUCAAUCUGGAUUUGCCGAUGGACCUGCAGGUAGUGCUCACGACGUUCGCCGAGCCGUCCGACAGCCAUAUGGAGCAGCUUAUCUUUGCAGCCAAACAUGGCUUCGUGUCCGAGGUUGAGGAGCUGCUGCUGCUCCCCAUGGACCCGGAUGCCGUGCCGUCGUUCCCAGCUGGCGACGAUCGAGUGCAGCAUAUGCGUACUCUCCGGCUUUUCGAGCCCGAAUUCAGCGAAUCCACAGCGCUGAUUCUGGCGGCAGGAAUGAAUCAUCCAGAAGUCGUGCAGCUGCUGCUGGAGGCUGGUGCGAAAGUGAACUGCGCCAAUCCGUGUGGAUGGACAGCACUGCUGAGUGCGUCAAAAGGCAGUGGUGCUCAGGUCGUGCAGUUGCUCCUAGAGGCAGGUGCAGACGUGAACCACGUGAUCUGCCCCUUUUGGGGGGUUGAGGACAACGAAUUCAACGGAUGCACGGCAUUGAUGCUCGCAGCAGAAAGCGGUCGCGCUCAAGUCGUGCAACUGCUCCUAGAGGCACGAGCCCACAUGAACUCAGCCAAUAAGCUUGGAUCGACGGCAUUGAUGGAGGCGACAAGAAACGGUCAAGCCCUAAUCGUGCAAAUGCUCCUAGAGGCAGGUGCUCGCGUGAACUCAGCCGAUGGGCAUGGAUCGACGGCAUUGAAGAAGGCCAAGGGGACAAGAAGAAACCAGGACCAAAUCUUGCAAACACUCCUGGAGGCAGGUGCUCAGACGGAUCUUCAUGGCGGCGAGGGCUACACCGCCCCAGAUCUGGCGAACAACACCUGGACCUAA